AUGGCGGACCAGCGGAAGCUGUAUCUCUUUGGAGAUCAAACCCACGACAUCAAGCCGCAGCUGAAGCGGCUGCUGCAAAACAGGAGCGCCCCUGUGGUGGAAGACUUCCUGACGCGGGCAUACGAUGGGAUCCGUACCGAGAUCUAUGAUCUCCCGCACGAGACUCGGGAAAGCCUCCCGCGGUUUACCUCCCUGGACGACCUGGUCCAGUGGGAUGUUGGCGCCACGGGCGAGGGCCGGUGCGUGGCGCUCGAUAUGGCGGUGACUUGCAUGUCCCAACUUGGGACUUUUAUCAGUGAAGCAGAUGGUUGGUACAACGGCGCCAACACUUCGCGGGUGGCCGGACUUUGCACCGGCACCCUGGCUGCGGCGGCUGUCAGCUGCAGCCGCAGCACGCAAGAGCUGGUUGCCAAAGGGUUGGAUGCGGUGGUCGUGGCGUUCCGGACGGGCGUUCGUGUGACGGACGUGGCAAAGCGCGUGGCGCCGGCGGCUGCAGAGAGCGGCGAUGAGACGUGGUCGAUCAUCGUCGCGGGCGCCGCCGCGGCUGAUGCGGUGAAGGCUUUUGGGGAGAACAGCAUUCUCCCAUUGACCAGCCGACCGUACGUGAGCGCCUUUGCGCCCAACGGUGUGACAGUCAGCGGCUCGCCUGCCGCGCUUGCUCGCCUUACCAAAUCGGAGGAGUUCAAGAGCUUCAAGUUCAAGAGCAUCCCAAUCCAUGGCCCAUACCACGCCCCGCAUCUGUACUCCAAGACGGACGUGAGCGACAUCAUUGAGGCCGUGGUCUCGGACAGCCGAUCGCAGGACACGGAGCAGACGACGUUCAUCCCGAGCACGGCGUCUCAGGGUGACGAGGAGACGAAGAAGCGUACGUUUGUGACGCUCCUGGAGGCUGCGGUCGAGCAUAUCCUUCUCCAGCCGAUCCGGUGGAAUGAUAUUCUCGACGAGCUGCAGGCAUGGCUCCAGACGGCUGGCGACUCGGAGUCCUUCCGGGUGGUUCCCAUCGGCACACUGGCCGACCAAGUUGUGUACUCGUCGCUCAAGCAGACGUCGCUACGCAGUCUCCUCCCGUCGGCUGAGGGUCCGGGCAUCAAAUCGUCCUCCGGACCGGGUGUCAACGCCAACGCCACGGCAGCGGACCCGAAGCGGCCGAAGCUGGCCAUCAUCGCCAUGUCUGGGCGGUUCCCUGGAGCGGAAAGCACCGAGGCGUUCUGGGAUCUGCUGCACCAGGGCCUGGAUGUGCACAAGCCGGUCCCGGCGCUGCACUGGGAUGCGAAGACGCAUGUCGACCCGACGGGCAGCACCAAGAACACGAGCGCAACUCCGUUUGGAUGCUGGCUCGACAACCCGGCGGCGUUUGACGCCCGCUUCUUUAGCAUCUCGCCGCGCGAAGCACCGCAGAUCGACCCGGCACAGCGUCUGGCGCUGAUGACGGCGUACGAAGCGAUCGAGCAAGCAGGGAUCGUUCCCGAUGCGACCCCCUCAACACGUCGGGACCGCGUGGGCGUGUUCUACGGUGUGACUAGCAACGACUGGAUGGAGACCAACAGCGCGCAGAACAUCGACACGUAUUUCAUCCCGGGAGGCAACCGAGCGUUUAUCCCGGGGCGGAUCAACUACUGCUUCAAGUUCAGCGGGCCGAGCUACGCGGUCGACACAGCGUGUUCGUCGAGUCUAGCAGGCAUCCACCUGGCCUGCAACUCGCUGUGGCAGGGGGACAUCGACACGGCGAUCGCGGGUGGCACCAACGUGCUGACAAACCCGGACUUUACAGCUGGCCUGGACCGCGGCCACUUUUUGUCUCGCACGGGCAAUUGUAAGACAUUUGACGACGGCGCGGAUGGGUACUGCCGCGGGGAGGGUAUUGGGACGAUCAUCAUCAAGCGGCUGGACGAUGCGAUCGCUGACAAGGACCCGAUCCUGGGCUUGAUCCUGGGCGCUUACACGAACCACUCGGCCGAGUCGGAGUCGAUCACACGGCCGCACUCGGGCGCGCAGCGGGCCAUCUUCCGCAAGAUCCUCAACCAGGCCGCCGUUGACCCAUACACGGUCAGCUACGUGGAGAUGCACGGCACGGGCACUCAGGCCGGGGACGCCGGCGAGAUGUCCAGCGUGCUGGAUACCUUUGCCCCGCCGCUGGCGCAGGUGAAAAAGGGUCGUACAACGGAGCAACCGCUGUACUUGGGCUCGGCCAAGGCCAACAUCGGGCACGGCGAGGCCGCUUCGGGUGUUUCGAGUCUGAUCAAGGUGCUGUUGAUGAUGCAGAAGAACCAGCUGGUGCCGCAUGUGGGCAUCAAGACGCGCAUCAACCGCAAGUUCCCGACGGAUCUGGCCGAGCGCAACGUCAACAUUGCGCUGGCGCCGACGGCGUGGGAACGCAGUGAUGAGCCGCGGCGCGUGUUUGUCAACAACUUCAGCGCUGCAGGCGGGAACACCGCGCUGCUGAUCGAGGAUGCCCCAGCCUCUCAGGGUGUCGUCUCUGACAGUGCCUCUGACAGCGCCUCUGACCCCCGCAGCCACCAUGUAGUCGCCGUGUCGGCCAAGAACGGUGUCUCUCUGCAGGGCAAUCUGCGGUCUCUGAUCCGGUUCCUCCAGGAGAACGCGACCACGACUCCUCUGGGCCAACUGUCGUACACCACGACGGCGCGCCGACAGCACCACCAGCACCGCGUCAUGGUAGCAGGCACAAGCAUCGACGAGAUCCGAACCCGGCUCGAGACGGCGCUGAAAGAUAACGCGGGCAUGACACGCCCCAAGAGCGCGCCCAAGGUGGUCUUCACCUACACGGGCCAGGGCGCACAGUACCCGGGCAUGGGCCGCGAGCUGUACACACACCUGUCGGCCUUCCGCACCGAGAUCCGGCGCCUGGACCAGAUCGGCCAGAGCCUGGGAUUCCCUUCGGUCGUGCCGGUGAUUGUCGAGGCGGCCGAGGCCGAUAUUGGGGCUUUCUCGCCGCUUGUCGUGCAGCUGGCGAACGUGUGUCUGCAGAUUGCGCUGACCAAGCUGUGGGCGUCGUGGAAUGUGCGCCCGACCGCGGUUGCGGGCCACAGUCUGGGCGAGUAUGCGGCGCUGAAUGCGGCCGGCGUGCUGUCUGACACCGAUGCCAUUUACCUCGUCGGCAAGCGGGCUGAGCUGUUGCAGGCCAAGUGCACCAAGGACACCCACUCGAUGCUGGUGGUCAAGGGUUCUGUGCCUGAAAUUGAGGGGUGGCUAGGCGUCGGCAGCGAGGACAAGUUCAAGUACGAGUUUGCGUGCAUCAACUCGCCCGUCGAGACCGUCCUGGCCGGCGCCAACGAGGACAUCGCCUCCAUCAAGACGGCGUUGACCGACGCGGGCGUCAAGUCGACCCUGCUGAAGGUCCCCUACGCCAUGCACUCGGCCCAGCUGGACCCCAUCCUGGCCGACUUUGAGCACCUCGCUGGCGGUGUGACCUUUUCCGCCCCGCGUCUGCCCGUUCUCUGCCCGCUUGACGGCAGUGUUGUUGCUGCGGGCGAAGAACUCAAGUUCGGCCCGCAGUACCUCGCCCAGCACUCCCGCCAAUCGGUCAACAUGCUCCAGGCACUGCAGACGGCGCGCACCAAGGGUGUCAUUGCCGACCUGACGACCGUUCUCGAAGUCGGCCCGCACCCAGCCAUCUCAGGCAUGGUCAAGGCCGUGCUGGGCACGCAGACACCGACGCUAGCCUCCGCCCAACGCGGUCGCGCAGCCUUCCAGUCCCUCGCGGACGCCCUCAAGGCGCUGUACAACGCCGGUGCCGACGUCCGCUGGGCCGAGUUCCACCGCGACUUUUCCGCGUCUCACCGCGUGCUGCCACUGCCGGCGUACAGCUGGGAUCUCAAGGAGUACUGGAUGCAGUAUGUCAACGACUGGUCGCUGCGCAAGGGCGAUCCUCCCUUGAUCAUCAAUGGUGGUAACCGCCUAGAAAGCACGACAAUCCACCGCGUGGUCGAGGAGACCGGCGACGGGCAGCGCAAGACCAAGAUUGUGGUCGAGGCUGAUAUUGCGCGCAAGGACCUCAGCCCGCUGGUGCAGGGUCACGAGGUCGACGGUAUCCCGCUGUGUACGCCGUCGGUGUAUGCCGACAUGGCGCUGACGCUGGGUACGUACCUGCUGCGGCGGUACAAGCCGGAGAUCAAGGCCGAUGAGAGCCUGGUGGAUGUCGCUGAUAUGACCAUCUUCAAGGCGUUGAUCCUGAAUGCGGCCAAGAGUGAGCAGUUGCUGCAGGCGCAUGCGGAUGUGGACUGGGAGAAGAUGGAGGCUGCGAUGAAGUUCAUGACUUUUGAUAGCAAGGGCAAGCUGCAAGAACACGCCAAGUGCGUGCUGCGCUUCAAGGACCGCAGCCUACAGCCGGCCCUGCAAAAGACCGUCUCGGACGUGCUGGCCAAGAUGCGGGGGCUGCGCGAGGGCAUCGCGGAGGGCACGACGGCGCGGUACAACGCUCCCAUGGUGUACCGGGCGAUCCGCCCACUAGCUCGCUUCCACGACGACUACCGCGCCAUCGACGAGAUUGUGCUCAACAGCAACACCCUCGAGGCCAUGAGCAAGCUGAGCUACGGUGCAGUCAAGCGCGGCGGGGACUACCACACCCAUCCAGCCAUCAUCGACUCGCUGACGCAGUGCUGCGGGUUUGCUAUGAACUGCAAUGAUUACACGGAUUUGGAUACCGAGGUGUUUAUGAACCAUGGUUGGGGGUCGUUCCAGAUCUUUGAGCCGAUUGAUUUGGAGAAGCACUACACCACGUACACGCAGAUGUCUGAGGGGACGGAUAAGUUGUGGCAUGGCGAUGUGGUUGUGCUCGACGGGGAGAAGGUCGUGGCUUAUUUCGGGUCUAUUGCCAUCCAAGGCGUACCCCGCCGCGUUCUGGGCGUCAUUCUGGCCCUCGAGAGCAAGGCCAAGGGUGGUCCCAAGCAAGCCCCUGCCAAGGCUGCCGUCACUCAACCUACCCGCCCCACGGCCUCUGCUGCUGCUGUUGCUGCACCCACUGUUGCCUCGUCCUCCCCUUCACAGCUCUCCAAGGCCCUAGCCAUCAUCGCCGACGAGAGCGGGCUGGCCGUGUCAGACCUGACCGAAGGCACCAGCUUUGCCGACGUCGGCAUCGAUUCGCUGCUGGGCCUGACCAUCUCGGCCCGGCUCAAGGAGGAAAUGGACCUCGACAUCGAGUUCAACGCGUUCCUGUUCGACUACCCGACCGUCGGCCAUCUCAAGUCUUUCCUCGGUGAGACCACGAGCAGUGGCGCGACUAGCUCGAGCCGCCGGUCCAGCGUCUCGAUCGUCACCGGCGCCAGCAGCCCGCGCACCCAAGCGACGGGGGUCACCACACCCAGGUCGACGGAUGAGGAGGAGCUGCUGCUUGGCAAGGUCGAUUUCUCGCAGGCGCUGCGGAUUAUUUCUGAGGAGAGCGGCGUGGCUAUUGAGGAGUUGACGGAGGAUACCAACUUUGCCGAUGCUGGCGUGGACUCACUGCUGUCGCUGGUGAUUGUCAGCCGGUUCCGUGAUGAGUUGGAGUUGGAUAUUCAGCAUGAGUCGCUCUUCUUGGACUGCCCGACCGUCGCCGAUCUGAGGGAGUUGUUGGCUGGACCGAGUCCCGCGGAGGUCGCUCCUAGCGCAGCAGAAGUUGCUGUUGCUGAGGAAGUCUCGGACCUUCGCCUGGACUCGGCUCCGGCUCCGGCUCCGCCUUCAACUGUUGUUGAAGAGCAGAACAACGCGGCAUCGGAGGAGUACGUGCGCAAGCAUACCGACCCCGUCGUCCUGGCCGCCCGCCAAAAGGCCGUCGACGAGCUGGUCGCCAAGUACACGGCCGGCUUCACGGCACCCACCUCCACACCCUCGGGCACCCCAGCAUCCCCCAACGCCAAGGUCGUCCUCGUCACCGGCGCUUCAGGCAGCCUCGGCGGCAACCUGGUCAAGGCCAUCGCGCAGCUGCCCGACGUGGCUACCGUAAUCUGCCUCAACCGCGAGAACCGCUCGGCUCCCGACGCCACCGCGCGCCAGUUCAAGGCCAUGCGCGAGAAGGGCGUCCACUUCCCUGACGAGCUGAGCGACAAGCUCAUCGCCUUCCAAAGCGACACCGCCAAACCCAACCUCGGCCUCUCCCAGGCCGACUACGACCAGCUCGCCGGGUCCGUCACCCACCUGAUCCACAACGCCUGGCCUAUGAGCGCCAAGCGCGCCCUUCCCGGCUUCGAGUCGCAGUUCCAAGUCAUGCGCAACCUCGUCGACUUCGCCCGGGAUGCGGCCUCCCUCCGCCCGGCGGACUUCGUCUUCUCCUUCCAAAUGGUCUCCUCUAUCGGCGUGGUUGGCCACUACGGCCUCGGCAACGGCGAGCAGCGCACCAUGGUACCCGAGGACCGCGCGCGUGUCGACUCAGUGCUGCCCAACGGGUACAGCGAAGCCAAAUGGGGAUGUGAGCGCAUGCUGGACGAGACGCUGCACAAAUACAGCACUAGCGGUGCGGCGAACACCGCCGACGCCCGCUUCCGCACCAUGGUCGUCCGCCUCGGCCAGAUUGCGGGCAACAACGGCAGCGGCUACUGGAACCCCAUGGAGCACUUCGGGUUCCUGAUCAAAUCCUCCCAGACACUUAACGCCCUCCCCAACGUCGGCGGUAACGUUUUCUGGACUCCCGUCAACAACAUCGCCUUGUCCCUGGCCGAUCUCGUGCUGGGUGAGCAUGCGCCGUUCCCGGUGUACCACAUCGAGAACCCUGUUGGGCAAGACUGGAAGGAGGUGAAUGCCAUCCUGGCCGAUGCCCUGAAACCUUCGCCAAUCCCCCUAAUCCCCUUCAACGACUGGCUGGAGCGUGUGCGCGCCGCACCGGCACACAACAACCCGGCCGCGACGCUGCUCGAGUUCUUGGAUAGCAACUACCUGCGCAUGUCAUGUGGCGGGCUGGUGUUGGAUGUGAAGCACACGCUGGAACACUCGGCUGCGCUGAGGGCGGUGGGGCCGGUGAGUGAGACGGUGGUGAGGAAGUAUGUGUGGAUUUGGAGGGAGAUUGGGUUUUUGAGGCAGGUGGUGUAG